UAAUGCAGUAUUUUUUUCUGCCGACCAGCUUUUGUGAAAGGAGAACACUAUCAAUUUUUUUUUUUUUAAAUAUAGAAAUUGUUGUUCAAAUGGCGCUAAGCAGAUUCUUAUAGAAAGGUUUCAACCAAUAUUUAUUUGAUAAAACGAACAACUACACUUUCAUAACCAUUUCCAAUAUGUCGAAACUACAGUUGUUGAAUGUGUUCGUUACCGAGCGUUUGUCGACAGCUGCUGUGGAGAUAUUCGGGGUCGUAGAGAAGACUAUAGCGGAGUAUCAGGAAGAAAUCUGCCGUUCAGCAAAGGAGAACGAGCGUCUACGGAGGCUGUUGGACAUGGCUACCAAACCAGAGAGAACAUCGCACAUAGCAGACAUCCAGCUACUGACUCCUGUCGUUCCCCCUGAGCAGCAGGAGUGGAGCCCCAGUCUAGAGCAGGAGGACCCAGAACCCACACAUAUUAAAGAGGAACAACAGGAGCACAGACUCAGUCAGGAGGACCCACCUCAGCCCUCACAUCAUUACCAAAACCAAACUGUGGAUGAUGGAGAGAUGAGCACUCUACCUAUCAUCAUAACUGAAGAGAUCAAAACAGAACCUGAUGGAGAGGACUACAGAGUACCACAACCAACCAGUGAUCAGCCCCUUUCAGUUCAUCCAGACUACUCUGCUGCAGUGGAGAAGCCAUAUCAGUGUAAACAAUGUGGCAACAGCUUCACACGUAAGGGACACUUGACCAUUCAUUCAAGGACACACACAGGAGAGAACCCCUAUCAGUGCAAACAAUGUGGCAAAAGGUUUAACCAGAAGAGCAACUUGACCAUCCAUACAAGGGUACACACAGGAGAGAAUCCCUAUCAGUGCAAACAAUGUGGCAAAAUGUUUAACCAGAAGGGACACUUGACCGUUCAUUCAAGGAUACAUACAGGGGAGAGACCAUAUCAGUGUAAAGACUGUGACAAAGCCUUCAACCAGAAGAUAGAAUUGACAUUGCAUAUGAGAGCUCAUACAGGAGAGAGACCAUAUAUCUGUCCUGUGUGCAAGAAAGGUUACAUCGCAUUAAGCUAUUUAAGACUUCAUCAGCGUGUUCACACAGGGGAGAAACCUUACCAGUGCAAAUAAUGUGGCAAAUGCUUUGGUUAUAAAGGAAGCUUGAAGUCUCAUAUGAGCACUCACACAAAAGCUUCAGCUUGAAGUGAGAACAACAAAUGAUUACUCACUUGAAUUUCUUGUUACAUCCAACUUGUAAAUAAUUAUUAUAUUUCCUGCCACUUGACAACAAAACAAAUGUAGUUGUGUUAAAGGUUUUGUUUUUUCAAUUUAUGUUUUCAGGUUGGACUUUAGGAUGUAUAGCACUUUAGCACGUUGGAGGCAGCGAUGUGUCACCUCGUUAGUCAGUAUGUGUUACACCUGUGCUGGCCCUUGUGCUAUUUAAGAGUGGCUGGCCCAGUGCUUCAGUUGCCUUGAAUUGAGGAUGUUCGGUCAACACCUUUUUAGUUGGGUCUCCCUAUUUCAUUUAUAGAAAAAUGUUCAUUUGUCUGAUCUUCCCUGUAUUUUUGUUUUGCUCAACUUUUUGGUUUGUUUCCUGUCUUUUAAGUUUGGUGUGGGUUUUUCUUGUGUUGGCCUCUUCUUGGGCAAGUUUAGUGGGUGCUCGUGGUGGUUGUCAUUUACAUUCCUGUUGUUGUGACUAGUCAACUUUCAGUGGAUACCCCAACGAGUGUCUUUCAGAACCCCUCGUAAAACCCUGCCUGUUUCGUUUUGGUUGUCAGUAACUUUUUGUUACUUCCCCCUUCUGUUUGAGCAACGUUAUUUGGUUUUGUAGCUAAGGAAAGUAACAAUGUGCGUGUGGAGUGUAAAGCAUCACUCUAUCCAAUUUGUAAGCUCAUUUUGGUGCUCACUUUUUUUGGAUGCCUAUUUGCCGUUAUAAUGAGGGAAUUUGAUUAUGCUGGCCCGGGUGGGCAGAGUUUGCACCAGGUGAAAAGUGAUUGCAUCAGUUUGAGACUAUGCUGCCUCACGGGUGUGAUCCAAUCACAUGACAGGUCAUAGCCAGGUGCACCGCGGUUCAGCCUAAUCAAACUCCCUCACUGCUGUAUCUAGCACAGAGCACACAUUUGGAUUUCUGAACAACGAGUUCUUAUUCAAUUGUUUAACAAUAACGUACAGGAUAUUUGGGCCACUAUCUUCUAUCUGUACUGAUGUUAGAAUAUUGAAGUAGCCUAUUACGUAUUUGACAAUCUAUAUAAUGCAGCAAAUAAUUUGUUGUAAUAAAGUACUUUUUAAAGAAUGGAUGUCAUUCAUAUUGGAGGAUGUAUUAAACCUGCCUAUCAGCUCUAUUUCCUGCCUCCUACCCCAACCCUAUCCUGACCUAUUAGGGUGAUGGGAAUGUAUCUGGGCCUGUUUUCAUGAAGCAUCUUGGAUGAGUGCUAAUCUAGGAUCAGAUCACUCCUGUCCAUUCAUUAUAAUUGAAAAAGCUGAACUUAUCCUAGAUCAGCACUCCUACUUUGAAACGCUUUGAGAACACAACCCCUGACCCUGUGUUACUGUUUGGGAUCAACAUUUACCUCCUCCUAGUUGGUGUCUCCUGGGACAUGAUGAUUUAAAGGUGCACCAAAGACAUUAUAGUAUGAAAAUGGGUAGAAACUGCUUCUCGAACAGAAAUUCCGAUCACACUUGUAGGCGAUGCAAUGGCGACAUUGGCUA